AGUCCAUCAACUACCAUCACUUCGAUUGAAGAAGAACAAGGAACAGCAUUCGAAGAAAAAAUAAAAAAGGCUGCAAGUAGUCAAGAUAUGAGUAAUCUAUUACAACCCGAAGCCUUGGAAGGGCGUAUGUUAUUCGCUAUUCCCAAAAAAGGAAGACUAUAUGAAAAAUGUUUAGAGCUUUUGCAAGGUGCCGAUAUACAAUUCAAACGUGCUCAUAGAUUGGACGUUGCAUUGGUACAAAAUCAUCCUAUCGCUUUGGUGUUCUUGCCAGCUGCCGAUAUCCCACGUUUCGUCGGAGAGGGUAAUGUUGAUUUAGGUAUCACUGGUCAGGAUAUGGUGGCCGAAGCAGGCGAAACAGUAUCCAAGCUGGUAACGGAAGAACUCCAACUCGGAUUCGGAAAGUGUAAGCUACAAGUGCAAGUGCCAGAGAGUAGCACAUCAAUCAAAUCAGUAGAAGAUCUAGUUGGCAAAAAGGUGGCUACCUCGUUCGAUUAUCUAGCAGGUAAAUACUUUGCCGAUUUGGAAGCAAAAUUGGGCAAAUCAUCUAGCGGUCAAUCAGAACUACAAACAAAGAUUGAAUAUGUCGGAGGAAGUGUAGAAGCUGCAUGUGCUUUGGGAUUGGCAGAUGGAAUUGUUGAUUUGGUAGAAUCAGGAGAAACGAUGCGUGCAUGCGGUUUACAUGAGAUCGGUACUUUACUCUCAUCACAAGCAGUUCUCAUCAAAUCUGCAGCACCACAUGCACGCAGCAAUACAGCUUUGAUCAAUUUGAUCACUUCGCGUAUACGAGGUGUGAUUGCUGCUUCACGUUAUGUUUUGGUGACGUAUAAUGUCAAAAAUGAACAAUUGGAGGAAAACUUGAGAAUCACACCAGGAAGAAGGGCUGCAACAGUGAUGCCUUUGGACGAUAAAUUGUGGAAUGCGGUUCAAGCUAUGGUUUUGAGAAGUGAUGUUGCAGUAGUGUGUGACAAGUUAGAAUCGGCAGGAGCACAAGAUAUUCUCGUUAUGCAAUUGGCAAAUUGUCGUAUCGAAGGCUCAAUGUGAAAAAGCAGAUGAUGUACAGGAGUGUGAUGGCAAUGUCAAUAUAUAGAGAUAGAU